UGUCCUCGGCGGCCGCCGCAGCGUCCGCGGCGACGUCGUCACGCUCCUCGCGGCCUCGCAGCCAGCGCUCGGGCCGGCCGCCGAAUGCCCGAGGACGCGCAUCUCCUCCCCGAGUUCCUGCUUCCUGGGCCAGCCAAAGCCGCAGGGGAAAACAUGGUCCCUUGCUUGCUGUGAAGUCCUCAAAGAAGGAGCAGGGGCCAAGGCUAAAGAGGCACCUGGAUCGGGGACGGAUAAAGAAUAUGGCUGUUGCCCCUAAAUUCUACAAGCAUGGCAAGAAGUUGACUGUUGAAGCAGAAAACCGCAAUGGGAAGGAAAGCAGUGUGCACAAGAGUGAGGCCAGGCCCCACAAAGUACCACAGAAGCAGGGAAAUUCUCAAGGAACUCUGAUGCAUAGCCAGGUGAGAGAAUGUUCAAUUCUGCCCUGUACUCCAGUGGCCUUGGAGCAGAAACCAGAGAUUUCUUUUUCACGUGACCCUCUUGGUCCUUCUGCCAGGCCCAAAAGAUUCUCAAGUGUGAUCCUGCAACCCAGUGCUACCCCUGACCCUCUUCUACUGCAGCCACAGGUCCCAAAUGCCACCAAGCAGGAUUCUGUUACUGCUGCCUUAGAGUGGCAGAGGAAGCUGGAGGCUGCCGAGGCCCUGUUGGCCCUGAAAAACUCUUGUCAGCCUCCUCCUGAUUGUGCCUCUCUUCAGCAGCAUGGCAGCAUGCCAGUUUUUGCUUUUCUUUUCAGGUCCUGCUGGAGAUCAAGAACUGCAGCCUCCCAGUCCCUACCUGCCACCACAGCCUGCCAGCUCCGUCUCUCUUACUGGACAUCUGGAGUGCAUGUCCUUCUUGACUUAAGAGCCCAGAGUGGGAGACCUAACUAGAUCACUGCCUGUUUGGUAUCCUGUUUUAUGUCUAAAAUGACUAACAUUUAAAAAUUUUUUUUUUUUUAUUUUUGAAGUAAGAUCUCAUGUAGCCAGCCUGGCCUUGGACUCAGUAUAUAGUUGACGAUGAUUUUGAGCUCCUGAUUCUUCUGCCUCCACCUCCCAAGUGCUGGGAUUACAGGCAUGUAGCACCAUGCCUGUCUUUUUUUAAUUAUUAUUAUUUUAAGUGUUCAGGAGUUUUAUAAGCUUUCAGACCCCUUUUUAUGACGUGGGGGCGUUUACUUGACUGAAGUUUGAUGUUGCACCUUUAUCCAUUAUUCCUUUGGAAUAAUUACUGUUUAUGCUUCUUAGAAAAACAGUAUUGUGUGAUCUGAUGUGAUCAAUCUAUGGGAUUCUGAGUGGGUUUGUAUGCCAGUGUUUUCAUUUGUCCUGUGAUUGUAUAUACACUGGCACACUCCUGUAUGUAAUCAGUCAUCCAUGUGGAAUCAUGAAGAUUUUUCACUCUGUGUCUAGGCAUAUGUGUGUGUGAACAAACAAUAAACAUGUGCUGUAGGCACUAAAAAAUA